AUGCCCGACCAAGCCUCGCCCUCGUGCGCCAUAUGCCUCGAAGACAUCGUCAACGACGCGGGCGCGCUGUACGACGCCCCGUGUUGCGGCGCGCGCGCGUCCGAGAGCUCGGUACAAUUUCACGCGACGUGCGUCCGCGCGAUGUGUUCGAUGUCCACCGACGGCGUCGCGGCGUGUCCGAGGUGCCGAAGCGCGAUAAAAGCGCGCGAAUCGCGCGACCGGGAGACGCCGGUGACGUUCGUCGCGGCGGAGGCGACGAAUGUGUGCGUGGUGUGUCGACAGCGGCGCGCGCUGGGUACGACGUGCGACGCGUGCGGCGGCGCGGUUCGAUUGCGGUACGUGUGCGAACGGUGCGGACGAACGCAGGUGAUCCCGCAUCCGAUGUGGCGGUACAUGCCGAGUGGACCAUUUUCGGUGAGUGCACAGACGUGGGCGUGCCAUCGUGGGUGCGGGGAUUACACGCGUUGGACGGUGCAUCCGGAGGACGCGGCGCGGGUGCCUAGAUACGACGUCCCGCGAGGCUGGGGAAACGAAGAAGAGUGGUACGCGGCGAUCAGGGAUGAGAUGGAGCGACGGGCGAGAACACCGAGGAGGGAAUCGAGGUGGCUCGUCGUCGCGGCUGUCGUGGCGUUUUGCGCGUUCGUCGUCGCGGCGGUGUUCGCGAACGGCGGCGAGGGCGGAGACGCGAACGUUCAGGUGGAGGCGACGCGCGCGUAUCGAACGGUGACGACGCGAACGAGAGCGAUUCAUUCGUCAUCAAGCGGCUCGACGAGAAAUUCUGAAGCGUCUGCUUCGUCGCGAGACUCGGCGGCGUAUCGCGCCGCGGCGAUGCGCGGCGCCAACGUCACCGCCGCAGAUUUGUGA